AUGGAAACUCAAUUAGAUCGACCAAAUGCCGUUUUUUGUGAAAUCAGGGCUCCCAAGGUAUUUGUGAAUGCCUUUUUGGUGGGAAAUAAUAUUCUUUCUAUUGAAAGGAAUUCAAUUCAAAGUUUGGGAGAUAUAUCUAGAGGACACUUUGUGUGUGUGCCACUAAAGGAACUUUCCAACGAUGUAGUAGGUUCAGAACUCUAUCAAGAUCCUUUUCACAAUCGGCCGUACGUUUUUCUUAUUUAUAGCAAUGGCCAUCUCGAGAUGAGGGAUGAGAAAUUGAAAGUUGUGACCUCAUGCGACCUACAGAUAGACACGGUCAACCAUGAGCCGUUGAUAAUUUUUGAUAAAAGAUUUAGAAGGUUAUAUGUUUCCUUGGACCGGCAUAAGGUUCUUAAAUUGAAUAUUGAAACGGGUGAGGACGCUAUCGUGUUUAAUAAAGGCAAAACUUAUGACUGCAUAUACACAAGCAACCGAAAAAUUGUAUCAGUGAAGUCAUGCUGGAUUGAAAACACUGAAGUUGGGGACGUUUUCAGCAUGGCUAUCUUCCUUCAAGAUCAAUUUGAUGGCAACAGAUAUCUUGAAAUCGUAGACGAAAUAGACAUGAUAAGAAAUAAGUGGAGCACAACUUACUGCUCAGAAAAGCUUAGAAUAGCAGAGCAUGCGCAGUUAUCAUAUAUUCCAGAAUUUGGCGUCAUUUUACUGACUUCAGAUGAAACUCAAUUUUUCCAAACUCAUUCCGAAUUGAUUGAUAGAAAUGCCUUCAAAGUCUUCAGCAGAAAAUCUCUAAUAUGCACUAAUAGGCCAAACAAUACUUUUUUUAUUCCGGAGGUAUACGAGAUAAAUUCUGGUAGCGGUACAAAGGUCUUAGCGUGCUCGAACUUAGGCCAUAUGGUGGAAAUAGAUGUACCCUUGCACAUUGUAGAUUCGACACAUUCAAUUCGUGGAGAAGAUAUGCUAGGAAGGAUGAUAAAAAUUAAAGGUUGGGAAGCUAAGGAUCUCGAAACCGUUGUGAGAAUAGUCCAACUUCAAGAUAAAGUUUUUCUAUUAGUCUCUAAAUCGGAGGGCAUGAUAUUCCUUGAUCUCCAUAGGCAUCAAGUUAUAUCCCACGUAUUGCAGGAGAGCCAUUCAGUAUUGUAUGCAAAUAUGAUUACUGGAGGCGCCACAGAUCUUGGAUGCCUGAUAAUGUGUGGCGGGAAUACUGGUAGCAAAGGAUUCAUCGAAAUCAGACAACUAGGAUUCGAUGGAAAACUUAAAAUUAGGAAACUGCGGACUAUGGAAUCUUUACGAGAUAAUAGCUUAUGGCACACUGAUGAGGGAUUUUGGUGGAAAAAUGAACAUGGCGAUUUAUUUAAAGAACAUGGUUUGAUCGAAAGAAAUUCGAAGGCAAUUUGUGUGACAUUCCGUGGCCGCAUUAUUUUCCCUCAGAAAGACGUUCUACUUACACAGCCAAUUUCUAUUGAUGAAGAAGAUAGUUUGGUAACCAUUGCACAAAAUGGCACUAUACAUUGGAGUGAUUCCAAUCGUAUUGUCAAGAUUCCGGGGUUUCAAGAGUCUUUUAUAACUCCCGCCGUAUGUUCUUCUAAAGUACGAAACGGCCAGAUGCUGACAGUUGUUGCUUGGGGAAAAAAGUCAUUUUGGGUAUACGAUUCAAAAUCCUUGCUGAUAGAUCUUGAAGACAUGGAGCAAGUCUCUUCAUGUUUGAUUAAAACUGCAAAUGGAAUGUCCUAUGUUAUCAUGGCGGAUGCAUUUGGACAUAUUAAGAUUCUGUCAGAUGAAGGUGCUCCAUUAAGUAAAUGUAGAGUUUGCAGUCACAAACUCUCGCUGUGCGAUCUUGGCAGCACAGCGAACAUUCUGGCAUACUGUCAUGAAACAGUUGUGCUGAUAAAGCUAACUCGAGAUGAUUUCAUGGUCGCACCAAUAGAAGUUCCCUUCCACACAAAACUCAUUUCAAGUUUCACAGAGUUUUCUCAAGUUGCCAUGGAUAAUAAUAACUGCCUUUAUGAACUCGAUUUCCGUGCAAUAAUUAAUGAGCAACCCAAGCCAAUAAUAAGGUCAAUUAGUUCCAAAAAGAACAUUAUAGAAAAAUUCAUUUCUUUCGACCUUACAAGGCGAUACAUAGUGGUAAGCGCAUUUUCUUCAAAAUUUGAUACUGUCUUGGAAAAAUACGUUCAUAUGGCCAAGUUACAGACAUAUGAUAUUGUCAGUAAACGAUUGAUUUCUGAUCAUGACAUAACAAAAACAUAUCCUCAGGCCUCUGUCAGUGACUUAAUAACUGUACCCUUCCAGAAAAAACUUUUGUGCGGAGAAUAUAUUGACAACGAAACGCAAUAUGCAAAGCAAUUGGUGUUAUCUAAAUGCUUCGCAGUAUCUUUGCACUAUGAACUGGCUGAAGAUGAAGGAUUACACAACCUGUUAUUAUUCACAAUCGAUGAACUCACGGGACAAAUAGAGUUCCGACUUGGACUAAGAACCGGUUUCUCGAUUAGUUCCUUGACAAACUUUUACAACCGUAUCAUAUUUGUUUCCGGAGAGUGUAUCCAGGCAUAUCAGCUCGACUACAGUGUGAAAGAGAAUGAAUUUAAGCUCGAAAGAAUAUCAGAGGAGCUAAGAGUCGAUGGACUUACAAAAAACUGCUUCUUUAUUCCACAGUGCUCAACAAUAUCAUCAAAUCUUAAAAGACGGAAAAAACAUAGCUUUGGGAAAGAGAGAAUUGGAAUUGUCAACAUUUUCAAGGGAUUUCAAGAAUUCGAUCUUUCCAUAAGCUCUUCAACAAAAACCUCAACGGAAGUCCUCGCCAAGAAGCUGGACCAUUUACAUUUGAGACGAACCCUAGCAUCUGAUUACGAUCCCAUCACGAAAAUGAUUCAUGAAUUGAAGUUCGUGACUUCCUGCAUCUUGAAGGUAUUUGGGACCGAUGAAGAAGGAAAGGAACUGAAUAACGUAGAAACUUCAUUAGCAAGGGAAAACAUGCUCAAAAAAUAUUUAGCCGCCGCAGACGGAGAUAAUAACAUCUUCCUUGCAGAACAAGUUGCCCAAGAUGAUGGUGACUUCAUUGGCGACACACUCAGAUUUAAGCUCAGUGAUCAGAUUGUAGGAAUUCAUGACUUCAGACCCUCAAACUCUUAUAGUGAUAAUAUCAACGUUCACUACAAACGUCAACGGAGCGCUUUUUUCCCAUUGUUCCUAAUAAGCACGGCUAAUGGCGGCUGUUUUCUAAUUAGCACCAUCCUUGACGAAGUUACCUUGCAGAAUUACCACCGUGAUAAAGACAUGAAUUUCCCUCACUACCAGAAGCAUCUUGAAAAGAUCGGUAUAUCGGCCUUAAACGAUAGUGACUUUACAUUUUUUGAUGAGCGUCAAAUGGUUACGAACGAUUCCAUAUAUUCUAUAUAUUAG